AUGUUCAAACCAACCAGCGUUUCUAUUCUUGUGCUUGCUUUGGCCUUUGGUCUGGUCACCGCUAGUGUGGAAAAUAAUCCGCCACAACUAAUCAAGGCCAAUUUGGUAGUAGUUCCGGACAUUGCGGCCUUUAAGGCCACUCAUCCUGAGCUGGAUGUUGUUCCAUUGAAUGCUACCAAGAACAACCGUUCACAAAUUGUGUACACGGUGGGACAACGCUUACCAGGUGACCAACUGGUGAGUACCACUCAGGACUAUUCGUCAUCGGACACAUUGCAGGACGUGGCGUUGUACUUGCGCUAUCCAGAGUCUGGAACCGGAGCGGUGGUUACUUUUGUUGAAAUAGUAGUGAACCAGAGUUCGAAUCAGGGUCACGCUCACAUUGUUUCCGGUGGAGUGGGCGAACAUUUCAUCGAGCUGGUCGUGGAAGCGUACGGCACCAGCUAUUUCCAGUACAGUGUCCAGGUCUAUGGAUACUUUUCGUGGGAAAUUGAACCAUGAAGUGUUUACUGGCCAUUCGUGUAUUUUGCGAUAGAUGUAAAAAUGUGUAAGGAACUUCCA